AAGGGUUUUGGGUUUUUCCACUGACCAUGCUCCUCUCUGCAGCCCUGUGCAAUCCCAGAGGGUGCCAAUGGUGUUUGUGCCAUCUUGUUUUGAUGAGUGUUUCUUGUCAUUGAUGCUGGUCCUGUUCCGUCCAUGAGUAAGUGCCACAACCAACAUGGGGCAGCUGGAGAGACUGGCUCCAAACUGGCGUGCACCUCAAGCACGGGAGGCUGCUGUGCCACUUGUGCAGGGCUUCCACAGAGCCCCCCUGCUGCCGUCUUGCUGAGACCAAGGUCAGAGCUGCUCUCCUGCCCUGCAGCCACUGCAUCCCCUAUGCUCUGUGCGGGGUUUAGGGUGAGCUCAGGGUGCACCAACCUGGGAUGCACUUUGAGGUUUAACCCGGCUGAGCUCCCUGCUGGUUCAGUGUCCUACCAGCUGUCCCAAGCAGGCACCAAAAGCGUUAACAGCGUGCGCCGCUCGCCUCCAUUUCCUGUGCAGCUUCUCAUUUUCCUUCUGGAGUCAGAGCCCAAACUUUCGGCAGCGCCGAUGGCUGAGCUCCACACUGCGCUGCUGGCUCAGCUCCUGGUCGGGCAGCUCAGCCUCUUCCUGGCAUGGGUGUGGGGUGCCCAGGUGGGAUGGAGCUUUGAGGUGAAGCAGCCCGAUAAAUGGAUGUGGGUGACUGUGGGGCAGACGCUGACCCUGAACUGCACAGUGACUGCAUCGGGUCCCAUCGGCCCUGUGAAGUGGGUGAAGGGCUGGGGCAGCAGCAGUCAGACUGUGUAUGAUCGGAAAAGCUCCUCACGCCGUGUGACGAGGGCAUUGAACGAGUCCAACACAGACUUCACCAUCCACAUUGUGGACAUCCAUCCAGAGGACGCCGGCACUUAUUACUGUGUGAAGUUUGAAAAGAAGAUCGUGGAUAAUGAGAUGUUGAGUCGUGGUCAGGGCACGAAGGUGUCAGUGUAUGAGACCUCUCCAUUCCCCAGCAUAGAGGUUGCAGCUGCUGUGCUCUGCUUCAUCCUCCUCAUCUUCAUCCUCGCCUUCUGCUUGUACCGCAGGAAGCAGAGGGGAGGGGAGCAGAGCCAACACGUGGCUGAGGUGACCACGGGCAGCUGCUCACCCUUCCCUGUUCCAUGCUGUGCAGGGAGCCCUGGGACCCCCAGCAGUGAAGUCCAGGAUGCAGAGAACCCAAAGCUGAUGCACCAGCAAAGCAGUGAGGUGGACAAGGACAUCCACUAUGCCGACCUGCAGCCCCUGCCUGCAGCUCGGUGGCCCAGCAGGAGACAUGGCACUGAACACUCCGAGUACGCCAGCAUCAGGGCAGCUGCUAAGUGAGCUGGUCCUGCCACAGCACUGAGGCAGGAAGCAGAGACUUUCUGUGGGGCAGCAGAAAGAAGAAGUGGAGCUGCUUGGAGCCGGCCAAGCUUGGCACGAGGAUCUCAAAGCUCUCCUUCCUGUCUUGGUGGCCAUGCCAGGGAGGGGCAGGCCCAGCUCAGGCUCAUCAGAGCCUCUUCAGGAGCCAGCAGCUCCCCAGGGUGCAGGAUCAGGGCAGUGAGCUGAGCACCUCUGCCUUGUGCAAGCUGUGUGGUGCUAUUGGCUCCAGGAGGACUUCAUGAAUGUCUCCGCCAGCACAGGCAACCAGAGCUUUCCCAGCUCAAGAGAUCCGUCAUUUGUAUCAUCCCAUCGCCACACCGAGCUCAUCCUCAUUAAAGCCAGCAAACAGCCCUGCCA